AUGACACUAUUAGGUUCUCUGGUCACGUUCGAUGCUCAUGUAAGCUUCUAUGGUGUUGACAGUGAAGUUUUUUGGCAGCCGCUCAUUCUUUUGACAGCUUCACAUCCGCUCGUCUGCUCAAUCCUUUCACUUGUUCUUACAUACCCAGUUUUCUUCGUUAAGAAUCUUUAUGUCACCCUUCAAUUAGCUGUUGAUAUCAAGGUAGUCUACUUUCUUUGGUGCAGCAACUUCAUUCAAGAAGUUGCACGGUAUAGUCCGGUAGAGAUCUUCAUUAGUGUGCCAUCUUUACCUUGCAUUUUGGCUUACAAAGAAGAGUGGACCUUCUGCAAUACUAGAGAUGUCCCAGACGGUAUCAACUGCCAACAAGACCCUUUACAGCUAACGGUAAUAUUCGUCGACAGGAAGAGCAGAACGCAAUUGAGCGUUUCUGCCGUGAAAAUGAGAUACUCUGGUAAUAGUGCAGGACAUAGAGUGAACGAGUUAUUUGACGGCGUCCGCAAGACAUUGAAGACAGGGAGCAUGGUCAGAGUACUGAGUAGGUAG